AUGAAAUUCGGACAGGAUUUCCAAGCCGCCCUGGCCCGGGAUGAAUAUCCACAACAAUGGAUUGAUUCCGCAAUUUCUUACAAGAAGCUCAAAAAGUGCAUCAAGCGUGUUCAAGAAGAGCUUCAAAGCCUCGGUCUAGACAAGGGCAUUCUCGACGAGCUCUGGCAACAUGUCGACAUUGGACCCAACAACGGGGAAGUGUCAGCCGCAGAUACGCGACUUCAUUACUCUAUGGAUGGGGCUAGCGAGGUCAAAUUCACCCCCAAGUUGACCAUUGCGAUUGAUCCAACUGAUGGAUCACCCGUUGAUGCCUGGUUGAGUUCGAAUACUCGAAGGGUUCUUCGAGAAUUAGCGAAGUCUUCCCAUACAACUAGUGAUUCGUCAAGCUCUCGAAGCAAUUCUGUAGUGGGUCGCUCGGAGGUUCGUGGCUCACUUAGCCACGAUAAAGCCGAACCUAGAGCUGAUCUUCCAGCGGAUCCAGAUUGUCCAAGUGAGAUUCAGCAGAAUGAAAGAGCUCAACAUUUGGAAACAAUUGAAGUUCCUCUCACAUCUGACUCCGAAUUCUUUCAGAUUCUCCGCAGAGAACUCGCAGACCUGGAUAGCCUGCAGCAGUCUGAACGGGAGCGCAUGGAAAAGGAAAUCAUCAAACUCGGUCAUGAGCUUCGAGAUCUGAAAUCCAACAAAUCCAAAAAGUCGAGGCAGGAGAUUGAAGUGUGGAGACGUAUUUUCGAGCUUUACUCCGAUGCUGAAGUGUUUUUGUCCUCUCAUGAGGCCGAUGCUGGAUCGCGGGACUACACACAUGCCCAACAACACUUCCAGCAUUUCAGCAAAGCGCUCCAGGCACAACAGAAUGGAGUGUUGAAACUAAGCAAGCCGGUUGCAGAGUCUUUGGGCCGUUUUCUGAACAUUAAUAUCAAGCUACUUCGAUUGAUGAAGUUUCAGGAUAUUAAUCGAACAGCGUUGGCCAAGAUUAUGAAGAAAUUCGACAAGAGAACAGCAUUGCAUGCGCAGUCUUCUAUACAAAGUUCCCUCAUUACAACCCCUUAUCUGGCGCAAAACUUGGCACGAGCGACCUGUUUCACGAUCUCCGAGGAAAUACUGACUGUUAUACCCCAAUUGAAUGACUAUCUCUGUCCGAUAUGCUUUUCAAUAUCGUGGAAGCCAGUCAGACUACGUUGCAAUCAUAUCUUUUGCAUUCGCUGCAUGAUUGUGCUUCAGCGACAAGAGAAAACACACUGUCCGCUGUGUCGCGAGGAAGUCGUGAUGGAAGCCAAUGCAGAUGAUGUUGAUAGGGAGAUGAUGAAAUUUCUGAAGUCCAACUUCAGGGCAGAUGUAAAGCAGAAACAAAAAGAUAAUGAGCUAGCGGCUGGCAUCGAUCGAUGGGGUGCACAGUACGAAUCGUCACAGAAAUGCAUCAUCAUGUAG